CACACACACACACACACCCCUCUAUAUAUACCUACACCUACAUAUAAUACGAUACGCCGCGGGUAGCUCGCGUCGUUCGUCAUGGCGCCACUCACCAACGAGCCGGACGCCGUGCGCGUCGUGCUGAAUCUCGCCCGGCGCAAGGUAUUCUAUAACCUCAUCCUUGAGAUCGUGGCCUACAUGCGAUCGCAGAUACAAGUCCCCGAUCACAGCCCCGAGAGCUCGUCCCAGCCUUCUCCACGUUCGAAUUCGGCGGGCGACGCGCCUCUAUUCAUACCCCGCAGCAGCAGCAGCGGCAACCUACUAGACGAUGACGGCAAUCCACCCUCGCUACCACUGCGCCCACGUGCCGCCGCGCCCCCGAGCCCGGCCCUAGUUAACCUGAGGAAGGCAGCGCUGCUCCAUUUCGACUCGUGGCGCGAUGAGACGCUUAGCAAGCUGAGGGAGGUUUUGGCCAAGGCGGACGACCAGAAGGUCGUCGACGCCCGGCGCAAGCGGACCGAACAGCUCAGCGCCAAGAGCAGGGAAGUGGCUAGUGACGGCGAAGACCUGCUUAGCUUCGGCGGCGAGCCGGCGUCGAGCCGGGGACCUUUGUUGCCGCCGUCGACCCUGGCUGACUUCCAGAACCUGUACCACCCCAUCCCGACGAGGCUCACCACCAUCCCGAUGGAGGACCGCAAGGAGGUACUCAGCGCGACGCUGAUCCUGCUGCUCUCCAUCGGCAACUACUCGGCCUACUCGCGCACGCUCAUCUGCUACCUCAGCUCCGCGCUCGAGAUCCCGCCCCACUUCCUCAAUACCGAGGAGACCGAGAUCGCCACCACCAUGGUGGAGGCCGCCCAGAAGGCCGACGCGGAGAGGCAGAGCGGCGCUAUGUCGGCCGAGGCCGAGGCGCAAAAGCGGAGGGAGCAAGGCCAGGCCAGCCGCCUCUGGAAAGUCGGACUGGCGUCCGUUGCCGGCGCCGCCAUAAUCGGCGUCACGGGCGGGCUUGCCGCACCCGCGGUCGCCGGUGUUAUAGGCGGUCUCAUGGGGUCCGUCGGGCUCGGCGGCUUAGCGAGCUUCCUGGGCAUGUUCUGGAUGAACGGCGCACUCGUCGGCACCCUAUUCGGAGCGUUCGGCGCGAAGAUGACGGGCGAGAUGGUAGAUCAGUACGCCAAGGAGGUCGAGGACUUCAAGUUCCUACCGCUGCGGGAGGAGUGGGGAUCCGGAUGGUCGAAGACGGGCAAAGGAAAGAGCAACGACAAAGAGAGUAGUGCUGAGGCGCGGAGGCUCCGCGUCACGAUCGGAAUUAACGGCUGGCUGGUAUCCGAAGAGGAUGUGACCAAGCCGUGGCGGGUCCUAGGUGACGAGACCGAGGUGUUCGCUCUACGCUACGAGAUGAAGAGCUUGAUGGCACUAGGCGACCAACUCAAGGAUAUGGCGGCGUCGGCCAUGUGGGUCGCGGUGCGGUCCGAGAUCCUGCGCCGGACGGUGCUCGCUACCCUAAAAGGCGCAUUGUGGCCCAUCUUCCUGCUCAGCUCCGCAUCCAGCGUCGACAACCCGUUCAGCCUAGCGCGCAACCGCUCCGAGAAGGCGGGCCGCAUUCUAGCGGAUGCCCUCAUUAACAGGGUCCAAGGAGAGCGCCCCGUGACGCUGGUGGGAUAUUCGCUGGGCGCGCGGGUCAUCUACGCGUGCCUGCGAGUACUAGCUGACCGGAAAGCGUUCGGGCUCGUCGACACAGUGGUCUUGAUCGGGGCGCCGGUCCCGUCCAACGCGGUGCACUGGCAGAUGAUGCGGACGGUGGUGGCAGGCAAACUGUUCAACGUGUACAGCGAGAACGACUACAUCCUCGGGUUCGUGUACCGGACGACGAGCAUGCAGCUCGGCAUCGCGGGGCUGCAGCCGAUCGGGGGCGACAUCGAGGGCGUCGAGAACCUCGACCUGAGCAACGAGGUGACGGGCCACCUGCGGUAUCCGGAGCUUACGGCGAAGAUUCUCGCGCGGUGCGGGUUCCCGGAUGUGCGCGGCGGCGGAGGCGCCAUUGAGAAGGACGAGGGCCGCAUCGAGAUCGAGCUCCGCGACCAGGACUGGGCGCAGAACGGGCUGCUGAUCGACGUCGACGAGCAAGCGAAGCCUCCCCGCUAUGAGCCAGGCGAGACGCCGAACGACAAAUUCCUGCCCGACGUGAAGAAUGUGUGGGAGCUAAAAAGCGAUGCCUCCGUACGGGAAGCCAAGCUCAGGGCGACCAAGAGCGAGUCGGAAGGGCCGCCGGUGCGGCCCCCCCGGCCCGAACAGAAUUUGGGCCACGCGGGCAUCCGUGACGGCCUGGGGGCGCGUUCUAUCACCGCCCCUGCCACCACGUCUGCUCGCAUACCUGUUGCUGCCGGCGCUGCCGCUGCGGCCGGCACUCUCAUCGGAGUUUCUUCCUCUAGCACCGGUGGCGCAAACAGGUUGCCGUCGCCGCCGCCUCCAUAUUCAAUAGCGCACGACAGAAACGACGACGACUACGACGAUGAUUCGGACGAGGACGGCGGUGGGAUCCGGAUGAUGGAUAACGAGUCGGAUGGAGAGCUCACCUUCAUUGAGCCCUUGCGAAUCGAGGAUUAAGCGCUCCGGGGAGCUGGCGAGAUGAAGGAGUAUAUGUAUGCUGUACCCGUUGGCCAAGUGCAGGAGCGAGUAUCCAUUGUUAUUGACUUCAUAUGCCUAAGCUAUACCUAGGUAUAGUUAGGCAUCGUUUUUAUUUAGGCAGGCAUUUUUGAAUUUAAGGGGCAACGGGACCGCCUCGUGCUAUAUAAACUCGAGGGAGACAUGGUUCAUGACUGGGUACCUCUCUAUAUCCACCCGAAGAUCCAAGAAGCAACCGCGACA